AGUUGCAUUUUCGGCUCAGUCUCUAACGCAACGACAGCAUGACAUUUUCUGGCCUCUUGGCUGUCCUUCUUUUGGGCAUUUGCUCGAGAGUUCAAGCUUCGCUGGUGAAGUGCUCCUGUGAUCCUGGACCAGCUGGUGCGCGUGGACCCCCAGGACCUCCUGGACCGCCUGGACCAGGUUAUGGUGGCGGACAUGGUGGCGGUUAUUGGCCCUAUCCACCAACGCCUCCAUUCACUCCAAAUCUGCCAAUCAUACCUGGACCAAGAGGUCUGCCCGGACCGCCAGGCCCACCAGGAUACUGCUUCCCAUGUCCGGCUCUGCCGCCCAGAGGAUUCCCGCCACAACUGGGUGUGCCCGUGCCACCAUUCCUGUCCACUCAGGUGGGCGGUGGAGGUGGAAAUGCCGCCUCUGCUUUGACCUCUGCAGUGGGCAACAUCAUAGUGAUUCCCUCGGGUGCGACAACAGGCUUGAAGGGCCGUGCACAGUUCUACCACAUCUCGCCCGAUGGCCAGGUGCUGCGUAUCGAACCACCCAAGGAUAUUCCCCAUGAAAUCUUCGACUCUCUGGGCCAGCCGCCACAGCCACAGCCGCCACAGCCCACGUCGGGCUCCUCCUUGUCGGGCAUAACGCCACCACCCACACAGCAGACACCCGGAGAGCAGCAGCUGCAGACCACCGUAACACCCGAGACCCUGGACGAAACAAUGUUUGCGGUGACAGGCAAUCGCGGCAAGGACUUCCUGCGCGGCGGCAACUCCGAGGCCAGCGACUGGCGAAGGAUUCUGCUUCUGGGCGAGCGACCCACAGAGGCGCCUCAACAGCAGCAACAUCCCAACCAGCUGGGCAGCAGCAUGGAGAGUUUCCAGCGAGCACUGGUGGAGCUGAAGGAGAAAUAUGCGACGCUCAUACAGCCAAGGAGCGACAAUCGAUACGCGGUUAUUCUCUGAUACAAAAUGAAGUCCCUGCCCUCUUCAAAUAGGUUAAAUAAAUAAUAAAAACAGUACUGAUAAUAUCUAAACAAGAA